AUGGCGAAGAGCAAAGAUGACAUAAAGUAUGGAACUGCACAGGCAAGACUUUCAGAAGACGAAGCAGUGAGGGUGGCAUACGUGAAUGGCACACCCCUUGAAGGGGGAAAGAUCUCUGACUCUCAACCACUUCACUUGUUUGCAAGUGCACACAAUGUUGCAAAGAGUGGUCACCACGCAACAAAGGAUUCAAACACUGAUAAUAAUCAAUCUCAGAUGCAGAAACAUGAAGAAGAUGAAGAAGGUUCUGCAGAUUUCACCACUGGGGCUCCUAGCGAUUCUUCUCAUCCCUCCCUCUCUGUCACACCAUCACUUCCACUCCGCGCACCGAACUGA